AUGUACUACACUGGUGCCUUCUGUACUCAGUCCUUGACAUUGCGCCUGUACAGUACGUGUACUCCGUACAAUUGUUGGCACGAGCCGUACUCGAAUUCACCUUGGACGCCGGCAAACGGCUCAAAACUCGCACGGGGCCGACCAGCUGACGAGCGUCAAACACGGCCCAUGAAGAGCCAGAGCCGGAGAAAAGGAAACGAAUCAAGGCACGCAAGCAUCCGUGCGCGAAUGACUGUCGACGAUUCGGUCGCCGGACGUGCCAUGGCAGAAACCGGACGAGUGGAGGAGCCUGACACUACCAUCACGCAUCGAGUACGAGUACGGAGCACAACCACUCGCAGCAGUGGCGGACAGGAUUCGGCCGAUCGGCAAGGGGGAGACGUUUAUUUCUCCAUCGUCGGCCGCCUUGGUGUCGCCCGACGAGGGACAAUGGCUCGCCGGUCGCCACUGGCGUCGGGUCUCGCUCUCUUGGUCUCGUCGGCAAUGGGGAACGGCCACGAGAAGGACGUCCGCCUACCAGUCGUUGUCCUCGGCAGGUGUUGGAUGGCUCGGCCGCUGCUUUUCGCCGGCACCAGUCCACUCGACGCGUACGAGUACGAGUACGAGCGACGAUACGAGAACGAGAACCAGUCCCGCGCCUGGCUUGCUCGUCCCGCUGCCGUCGCCCAACCGUCCUCCACAAGGCCCCUCCGACAAUGCCGUUUCAGCGUUGAACUCUGCAGCCACCGGGGCGUGGAGCUCACGUUCAUGCCCGAAUUGUCGGCGGCGACAAGCACAAUGCGUGUACAGAGGACGAGCCCAUCGCCGCCACGCAUGCACAUAUGCUCGCGUAUGAACACGUAA